GUCAGGCGGCGGCGCGGGUGAGAGGUGACGCGGCUCGAGCGGCUGGCGGCCGUUGGGAAGAUGGUGGCGCCGGGUCGGGGCAAGUGCCCGAGCUCCCGUGCUCUGCUCGCCCUCACCGUCGCCACCCUCACGCUGCUGGGGCAGCUGCUGCGCCACGGACACGCCGCCAGCCUGUACGGCGGGGAGGACGCGGUGGUCAUCCUGGAGGCCCAGGCGGUCAAGGCGCUGCUGGCCAACUCGCCCAGCGCCUGGGUGGUGGAGUUCUACUCGUCCUGGUGCGGCCACUGCGUUAGCUUCGCCCCCACCUGGAGAACGCUGGCCCGCGAUGUCCAAGAUUGGGAAUUGGCAAUCAGGGUCGGUGCGAUGGAUUGUGCCGAGGAGAAUAAUUUUGCCGCAUGUGCAGACUAUGGUAUUCACUUCUAUCCAACGUUUCGGUACUUCAAAGCACUCGUGGGUCAGUUCGCAACAGGAGAAGAUUAUUACGGACCAAACAAAGAGUUACAGACGUUCCGACAUACCAUGAUUGAUUUUCUACAAAAUAGUACAUAUCCAAACAAGCCCCCUGCUUGCCCUGUGCUGGAACCAGCCAGCUCCUUUUCUAUCCUAUCAGACUUGGGUAAACACCAGAAGCAUUAUACUGCUGUUAUCUUUGAAACAGCGUCGUCAUAUGUAGGUCGGGAGGUGAUACUUGAUUUGAUGCAGUAUGAAAAUAUUGUGGUAAAAAGAGCAGUGAAUACUGAUGAAAAGUUAAUGGGGAAACUAAAUAUUACUUCGGUGCCAUCCUGUUACCUGUUCCAUCCCAAUGGCUCUCGUGGAUUGAUUUACACGCAAAGGUCGUUACGAUCAUACUAUACCUCCAAUUUAAAGUCAUUGCCGGGUGUAACCGAGAGAUUACCUUUCCAAAAUGUAGUAUCAGUGAGACUGAAGGAAGAUACGAUAGCUGCCUUAAAGCCCUGGAAGGACAAUGACCAGGGUAAGGUAUAUUUUGCUGAUCUGGAGUCCUCUUUGCACUAUCUUCUUCGAGUGGAACUUGCUAGCCACAAGAUAUUGGAGGGGCCUGAACUGACAUCGCUGAAGGAUUUAAUUACAGUUCUAUCAAAGCUCUUCCCUGGACCACAGCCAGUAGUGAAGUUGCUAGAAACAUUGCAAGAAUGGUUGGUGAGCCUUCCAUUGGAUAAAAUUCCUUAUGAUGCAAUCUUAGAUUUGGUGAACAACAAAAUGAGGAUAUCAGGAAUGUUUUUGAGAAAUACAGUCGAGUGGGUAGGCUGCCAGGGUAGCCAACCACAGUACAGAGGUUACCCAUGCUCUCUCUGGACACUCUUCCAUAUCUUGACAGUACAUGCCGAGACGCGUCCUGAAAUGCAGAUCAUUGCUGGUUUUGACAAUGGGCCUCAGGUAGUUCUACAAGUUAUCAGAAGAUACAUUCAUCAUUUCUUCGGCUGUAGGGACUGUGCGCUACACUUUGAAGAAAUGGCUAGAGAGUCAAUGGCUGAAGUGCAAACACUAGAUGGUGCCAUUCUCUGGUUAUGGAAAAAGCAUAAUGAAGUGAACAUUAGACUGGCAGGUGCUCCAAGUGAGGAUCCAAUGUUCCCUAAAGUGGCAUGGCCAACUGCUGAUGGCUGUCCUGUAUGUCAUGAAGAAAUCAAAGGUCUCCAUACCUGGAAGGAGGAGGAGGUUCUGAGAUUUUUGAAAUCACAUUACAGUGUGGACAAUAUUUCUUAUAAAUAUAGUGGAUAUGAGUCUCAAAUCCACAAGGCAGUCAAUGAAGUUGUCAAAGAUAAUGGAAAGAAAGGUAAAGAAAAAGGGCCACCCCAGUUGAUGCAUAACCAAAAGGAGCCGAAUAUCGAUGCCCAGAACAUAGACCAAAACUCAAGAAAUGGUGCCUUGGUGAAGCGAGAAAGGACUGAUCUGCUGGACCAAAACAUGGAAAGACAGGAGCUAGACAGCUAUAGAAAAGAAGUGAAACAUAUUUCAUUUCUUGGUGUAGGCUUUUCCAGGAUGGACAUGAGCCUUUGUAUCCUGUUGUAUGCAGCUUCCAGUUUUUUCCUCAUGAUCAUGUACUUCUAUUUCCAAAUGAGGUCCAAAAGGUGGAAAACCAAAUAUACCCGUCCUUGUGUUUAAAACAAUGUAAUUCCUGGAUAAUGAAUGGCUCAUCUGUUUUGAAUAGGUAGCUGUUCUGGUGAGAAUAUUUGUUAUCUCCAGAUCACACCACCAUUUGUUAUGAAUAUCAGUCUGGACAAUGAUGUUUAGGUCUAAGGCGUGACUUAAUUGUGAGUAUCUUUGAGAAACUCAAUCACUUUUAGGCAGCAUGAUAAGUACUUAAGUUGUUUGUGUGCCUUUUUGGAGGAAUUUACAAUCAUGCCCACACAUCAUCCCUGCGCUGCUCAUUUCUGAUUGCUGAUUCUGGUAUGAUGUUUUGAAAUUAGCAAAUGUGCUAUUCAUCAUUGGAUGAGGAGUUGGGAUAUGUUGCAUGAUAUGAACCUGUGUCUUUUUAAGUUUUCUUGAAGUUUUCCCUCUUUUUCUUCCAUCUACUCUUUUUAUUUUCCCUUUAAGUUGAACAGAAUUGAAAAAGCUGCAGAGAGAAUUUGGACAUUUAUUGAUCUAUUUUAUGAUUGGAGCAUGAGGUUGUAUUCUUGAUCUGAUGCUUCUGCAGUUUUAACUACCCCAGUGGGAUUUGCGAAGACACACUAACUCCCCAGUGUAUGUUGCUGGACCAAUAAUUUAACUAGUUUAUCAGUCUCGUGGAGGACCUCCUAACAUCUUCUACCAAACUAAUUAAUUGAAAUAUCCUCUGAUCCUACGCCUCCAAUUCUAAUUUGAGAUGAUAUUUAAGUUUACCAAACUGAAUAAAGUCAUUUCAUUUAUUUAAUAAUUGUGUUGGUUUAGGCAUCAGGGUGUGCAGCGCUUGCUAUGUGGCAACACCAGCCAGAAAUGUUCUCCAAUUUAUUUUCUGUUUUUCAUCAGAUUCCUUGCCCAGUCAGUGAAAAUAGUAUAUUUUUGGAAAAUGUAUUUUUUCAAUGAUAAAAUAAUGAUACUUUAAAAAAAAAAAGCCUGAAUGAAAGUCAAUUUGACCUUAUUUUAACCGUUGUAGCUAUACCAAUUUUAAGGUAGAGUGCCCUGGUGAGACCUAGUGCUUAUAUUUUUGCUUUCAGAAAAGCCUCCUGUUCUAAAUUUUUUAGUAGCUCAUCUGCAAGAUUAAUGAGCAAACCCACCAGCAUGAUGUUUAGAAAAACUGGGACAGUGAGGGGAAAAAAUGAAUAAAAAAUAAAAAGAGCUGACAGCAGUUGGAGACCCGCCCACAAGAACAGGAGUCUAUAUUGUGUGCUUGACGAUUUCCUCGAGGUGACAACAUUUUUGUUCUUCUCAAGAAAAGCUGCCCCCAAUGAUUCUGAGUUGUCCUAAAUCUAACAAACACACCCACACCUGCCACAAUAUUGUAUUUAUUCUAAGACAAUAUCCCGAUAUCCACACAAAACCUCCAGAAAUGUGGUCAUGGAUCUCCCUCGCUGCACAUUUUGUUCAGGGAAGAUCUGGUCAGGGCCUAUGCGUUUCUUAGGGGGUAGGUGUUAGUUCUCAAUAAUAGGGAAAUAAUUAGUUCUAAUUGCUUAAACAAUGAAUAUUACGUUAGCCAACUAUUGGCCUGAGCUUGUUCUUAACAUAUGAAAUACCAAUGCCUUGGUGUGCCAAACUACUUCAAACUCAAGAUCACUCCCAAUUAUUCCAGGUCACCCUGCCAACCUUCCUGCUAAAACUAUCCCUGACAAUCUACUACAGAGCUAACUGCAGAAAGGCAAUUUAUUCUCUUAGUCCGGAGAUCUCGUUAUCUAAAUCGAUACCCACAAACUCAAAGCUCAAUCCCACCAUCCUAUCACUGCCACUCUCUAAAUUAGUGUACUUUUUAAUGAUGGGUAGUGGGACUGGAACGUAGAGCUCAGGGAUAAUGAGGAUUCCAUAUCUACCUCUAGCAUAUAAAAUACCGUUAUAACACUAAAAGGCAAGUGUAAAGAUCUCCUACACUGUCAAAUAUUAUUAUGUAACUUAAUUAAAACAGGGCCUUGUUUAAAGUUAAUGAGUAAUAAAAUUAAAGGAUAAGUUAAGUUUUUUUUUUUUAAAUCAACCUAAUGGGUUGGCUUAUGCUUUUGUGGGCAAAGAUUUGAUGCCUUGCUAGUGGCAGUCUUACUUAUUAAUUUUAACACAAAGAUGUGAAACAUAGUGGUUAUUUGAAAUAUACGGUCCACAAGAAAUCAAGGUUCCUUUGGCAGACAGGAUUUGCAUAUUAUUAGGCCUAAUUAUUUUUAAGCAUGCAGAAAUAUUUCCUCUGACAUCAGAUGCACUCCUAUUGACUCUCCACUAUCUUGCUAAUCUUAUUUCACUGCCCAAGGACCAUUCAUUCAGACAAAAUGUCCAAUUUGUUUAACCUCUAUUUGAAAAUGAUCUUUGUUUAGUAAUAUUAGAUGUUUUCCUGUGAAUAGAAUGAUUACUGUUAGUUCAGUCUUUUAAAAUAUUUUUGGCAGAAGGAAUAACCUGAUCUUGAAAGGUUAUAAAGACAUAUUAAAUAUUCUACCAAUGCAAUUGAUAAAUUAUGAAUUUGGAGUCAAGGUACAUUCCCAUGAUGUUCUCUCAGCAUAUUUGUUGCGGAUGAGCUCUUAAUUCAUCUUGUGCCACAAAUAAACCUGAUGUCUUUGAUAUUUCACUCCAAGUAUCUUGCUCCUUUUUUGUUUCAUUUCCAGACUUUUGCUCUGAGCUAUCGAAAACAUGUAUUAAGACCAAACUCCUGUAUGUCUACAGACAGAAAAGGGAAAUGUUUAUGUUGAAUUGUAACACUGUCUGCCUGUCCAACUUUGAAGUGUCCAAUUGCCUUGUAUUUGGUUUCACAACAUCCCAUUCCUCAGCAACACAACAGCAUCAUUUUUUUUUUUAGAGACCUAACUGUGCUUUAAAACAUUUGAAAAGUCCCACUAAUGUUCAGUAGCAUUACCUACAGUAUUAAUUGGUGAAAUAACAUUCCAUUCCCAGCUUGAAAUUUAAGAUUCCGUUGCAUGAUGGGGAAGAAAAUUCCAUUCAGUAUUUGUCGGCUUCAGUUUUUGAAUAGAUUGAGUGCCAUUUGUUCAUUCAGCAAGCUGCCAUCACUUUCAAAAUGUUACUUAAAUAUAAUUGAUGUCUGGUUUAAUUUAUUUAUUUUGUUCAUAGCUGCCUUGGUUUUUCAGUUUACUGAAUUGUUCCUUCAUGAUAUAAAAUGUCAGUCAAUGCCAUAUAUUUUCAUUAGGAUCAAAUGUACACUAUUUUGUACUGUUUAAAAAAAAAUUCAAGGACGCUUAAUCCUGUUUGAAAUAAAUUAUCCUGCAAUAAA